GCUCGGCGGGCAGAGCCUCCAGCACUGCCGCCGCCGCCGCCGGAGCCGGAGCCGGAGCCGGAGCGGGCUGGGCCGCCGAGGCAAGAUGGUGGACUACAGCGUGUGGGACCACAUCGAGGUGUCUGACGAUGAGGACGAGACGCACCCCAACAUCGACACGGCCAGCCUCUUCCGCUGGCGGCACCAGGCCCGGGUGGAGCGCAUGGAGCAGUUCCAGAAGGAGAAGGAGGAGCUGGACAGGGGCUGCCGCGAGUGCAAACGCAAGGUGGCCGAGUGCCAGCGGAAGCUGAGGGAGCUGGAGGUGGCGGAGGGCGAGGGCAGCCGGGCGGAGCUGGAGCGGCUUCAGGCCGAGGCGCAGCAGCUGCGCAAGGAGGAGCGGAGCUGGGAGCAGAAGCUGGAGGAGAUGCGCAAGAAGGAGAAGAGCAUGCCCUGGAACGUGGACACGCUCAGCAAGGACGGCUUCAGCAAGAGCAUGGUCAAUGUGAAGCCCGAGCCGGCGGAGGAGUCAGAGGAGGCGAGGGAGCAGAAACACAAAACCUUCGUAGAGAAGUACGAGAAGCAGAUCAAACACUUCGGCAUGCUCCGCCGCUGGGACGACAGCCAGAAGUACCUGUCGGACAACGUCCACCUGGUGUGCGAGGAGACAGCCAACUACCUGGUCAUCUGGUGCAUCGACCUGGAGGUGGAGGAGAAAUGCGCCCUCAUGGAGCAGGUGGCCCACCAGACCAUCGUCAUGCAGUUCAUCCUGGAGCUGGCCAAGAGCCUGAAGGUGGACCCCCGCGCCUGCUUCCGGCAAUUCUUCACCAAGAUUAAGACGGCCGACCGGCAGUACAUGGAGGGCUUCAACGAUGAACUGGACGCCUUCAAGGAGCGCGUGCGCAGCCGCGCCAAGCUGCGCAUCGAGAAGGCCAUGAAGGAGUACGAGGAGGAGGAGCGCAGGAAGCGGCUGGGCCCCGGCGGCCUGGACCCCGUGGAGGUCUACGAGUCCCUGCCAGAGGAGCUCCAGAAAUGCUUCGACGUCAAGGACGUGCAGAUGCUCCAAGAUACCAUCAGCAAGAUGGACCCCACCGACGCAAAGUACCACAUGCAGCGCUGCAUUGACUCCGGCCUCUGGGUCCCCAACUCCAAAUCCAGCGACACCAAGGAGGGGGAGGAGGCGGGCCCCGGGGACCCUCUGCUGGAAGCCGCCCCCAAGCCAGGCGACGAGAAGGAUGUCAGCGCGUGACCCACCCCAGCCGCCUCCUGCCUGCCUGCAGGCCCCCGUGCGCCCCUUUCAGAAAACAAAAAUAGAUGCCAUCUCCCCCGCUCCUGGCUUCCUCCACUUCCGCUGCCCUUCCCCCAGCACGGGGGGCUGUCCCCCCGCCCUACCCCCCAGCGCUCAUCCAAGUCUCUGCUUUGAGUCAAGGGGCUUCACUGCCUGCAGCCCCCCGUCAGCAUUAUGCCAAAGGCCCGGGGGUCUGGGGAAGGGCAGGGGUCGCCAGGCUGGUCCACGGGGUGGGAGGAGGGCCCUCGCUGAGGGGCCACUCCAGUCCCCGUGGGCUCUGUUUUCCCCGUCUGUCUGCUGUCUUCUCUAUGGUAAACAGCAAUGAUCUUCCAAUAAAGGAUUUCAGGUGUUGCAA